AUGACCGGGAAGGGGGUGAUGGGGAUGAAGGACCCCGAGGAGCUGUGGGAGGACGAGGCCUGGCAGCCCGAGUGCUUCUGGGGCUGCACCUUCCAGCCCAAGGUCCCGGCCGGUCCGCGGUGCCGCCGGCGGCGCUGGCAGCGCUGCCUGGUGCCCGCCGAGCCCGGGGCGGCCGUGGCACCGCUGUUCCUGCUCCAGGGAGCCCCGGACACCGAGGAGCCGGCCCAGGACAGUCCAGAGGUGGCCCUGCCGCAGCUGCCACCUCCCUUCAUCCUCUGCAGCUUCCAGCGCCCCGGCCGGUUCCAGCUCCGCUGUUACAUCUUCCAGGCGCUGGAUCUGGCGCCAGGCAGCGCCAGGACAUCCAUAGAUGCCACCGCGCACGUGUCGUUCGUGACCCUGAGCCAGCGCACGGGCGCGGUGCGCGGGGCGCUGGACCCGCAGUGGGAGCAGACGCUGCUGUUCCCCCGGGUGCCGCUGUUCGGGGACCCCCGGGGCGUCUGGAGGGACCCCCCGGCCGUGGUGGUGGAGGUGUGCGACCAGCGGGGACAGGGCCCCGCGGUGCUCCUGGGCCGCUGCGUGUGCUCCCCGCGGGUCUGGCUGGACGCGGCGCUCCGGGAGCCGCCCCGGCUGCAGCCGCACCCGCUGCGGGGCCCGCGGGGCCCGGCCGGGGAGCUGCUGGCGGCCUUCGAGCUCCUGCAGGAGCCCGAGGACGGGUCCCCGGCUCCGCUCAGCCCCCCGCCCCUGAGGAAGGACGGGUUCGGCUUCCCCCCGGAGCUGCGGCCGCGCCUGCACAGGGUGGCGCUGGAGGUGGGAGCCGCCUGCGGGGAGGGGACAGCGCGGGGACAGCGCGGGGACAAGGGGGGAGCGGGGAAUGGGAUGGGGACGCGUGCUGGCCUGGGGCUGCGGGGGCUGCGCGGGGCCGUGCGGGAGCCGCGGCUGGAGCUGCAGUGGGGGGAGCAGAGCCUGUGGACCCCCCCGAUCCAGGACGUGGCCACCAACCCCAACUUCCCCAGCAACGCCUUCCUGCUCACCCUGGCGCUGCCCGAGGAGGAGCGGUUCGUGCCGCCCAUCCGCCUGCGGCUCUGGCACCGCGCGGGCCCCGGGCGGCGGCUGCUGCUGGGCCAGGCCAGCGUCAGGGAGCUGGGCCGGUACCGCUGCCCCCCGCCCCGCCAGGAGCCCGGCAACGGCUCCGACACGGUUGUGUCAAUGCCAGACGAGCUCCUUUCCGUGCCCGCCUCCUCCAGCCCCUGCAGACGUUGGUGUUCCCUGUUCCUGGCCACAGCCCGGGCCAGGAUGGCUCAGGACCUGCUGGGCUACCUCAGGAACAGGAUGAGGAAGAUGAAGACGAGGAGGAUGAGGACGAUGAGGGAGGAGGAGGAGGAGGAGGAGGAGAGGGACUGGUGGAGCAAAUUCUACGCGUCCAUGGAGGACAAGGACCCCAAAUCCCCGUGGGGAACCAACGGGGACAGACUGAAGAUCUACGGCUGCGAGCUGGAGGCGGUGCCCGAGUUCCAGGGCCUGCAGGAUUUCUGCCAGACCUUCCCGCUGUCCAAACCCGGCCGUGCCCCCGAACCCGUGGGCAGCUUCAAGGGGCUGUUCCGCAUCUACCCCGUGCCCGAGGGCGCCGCAGCCGCCCCCGGCCCGCGCUGCUUCCAGCGGCUGCCGCCCGCCCAGCCGCAGCCGUGCCUGGUGCGCGUCUACGUCGUGCGAGCCUUCGACCUGUCCCCCCGCGAUGUCACCGGGCUGAGCGAUCCCUACGUGCGCGUGGCGCUGGGCAAGAGGACGCUGGGGCAGCGGGACCAGUACGUGCCCAACACCCUGGAGCCCAUCUUUGGCAGGAUGUUCGAGCUGACGGCCACCAUCCCCCUGGAGAAGGACCUGCGGGUGACAAUCAUGGACCACGACAAGGUGCCACCGGACCAGGAGAUCGGCAGCACCACCAUCGACCUGGAGGACCGGCUGCUGUCCCAGCACCGAGCCCACUGCGGGCUGCCCACCCUGUACCACACCGCGGGCCCCGCGUGCUGGCGGGACCAGCUGUGCCCCAGCCGGGCCCUGGAGCUGCUGGCGGCCGCCCGGGGGCUGCGCGGGCCCCGCUUCAGCCGCGGGGGCAGCGCCCUGAGCCUGGGCGGGCAGCGCUUCCAGCUGAGCCACUUCGAGCGGGGCCACCCCCCGCCCCGACACGCCGGGGCCCCCCGGGAGCGCCUGGCCCUGCACGUGCUGAACCUGUGCGAGCUCGUCCCGGAGCACCUGGAGACCCGCGGGCUGCAGAGCCGCGCCCGGCCCGGCCUGGAGCAGGGCAAGGUGCAGAUGUGGGUGGACAUUUUCCCCACCAGCCUCGGCCCCCCCGGGCCCCCCGUGAACAUCGACCCCCGCAAGGCCGAGGGGUACGAGCUGCGCUGCGUGGUGUGGAACGUGCGCGACACGGAGCCUGGGGACAUCAACCUGCUGGGCCAGCGCAUGAGUGACAUCUACGUGUCUGGGUGGCUGGACGGGCUCCCUGAGCAGCGGCAGCACACCGACAUCCACUAUCGCUCCCUGGACGGCCGUGGCGCCUUCAACUGGCGCUUCGUGUUCCCCUUCGAGUUCCUGGCGGCUGAGAAGCUCUGCGCCAUCCGCCGCAAGGAGCACGUGUGGAGCUUGGACGAGACCCUGCUGAAGGUGCCACCCAAGCUCAUCCUGCAGGUGUGGGACAAUGACAAGUUCAAGGCGGACGAUCUGCUGGGGAUCCUGGAGCUGGAGCUGAUGCGGCUGCCCCGCCCGGCCCGCAGCGCCCGCCUGUGCCGGGCCUCGCCAUCGGACCUGCCCUGGUUCUUCUGGCCCUGGCUCUCCCUGCCCCGGUUCAUCCGGGCCCGGCUCUCCCGGGUCUGGCUGCCCCUGGCCCGGCUCUCCCGGCGCUGGUGCCGCCGCCCGGCGCUGCAGCGCCCGUCCCUGAACCUGUUCCGCAGGAGGAGGGCGCGGGGCUGGUGGCCCUGCACCAUGCACGGGGACGGCGGCCAGCGGCUCUCGGGGAAGCUGGAGCUCAGCCUGGAGCUGCUGUCGGCGCAGGAGGCCGAGGAGCGGCCGGUGGGGAAGGGCCGGGAGGAGCCCAACAAGCACCCGACCCUGCCCGAGCCCAGGCGCCCCAAGUCCUCGUUCCUGUGGCUGCGCUCCCCGCUGCGCCUCGUUCGCUACGGCGUCCGCUGGCGCUACCUGCUGUGGCUCGGCCUGGGGCUGGCGGCGCUCCUGCUGCUCCUGCUGCUCCAUUCCUUCUUCCCGAGCACCCUCAAGGUGAAGGUGGCUGACCCGCGCCUGCUCCCGCCGGCCGCCGCCAAGGAGCAGCCGGGAACGGCGCGGCCGCGGCCGGAGCGCUGAGGAGGAGCCGCCCGGUUCCUCGGGGGAUGUCCUCGGUGGGUUCUGCAGCCAGGAGGGGAUCGCCCCGUCCGGAACGCCGCGGGAGCUGCCCGUGGAUGUUCCCUCCUGAACAAAGCCGUGUCCGAGCAGCACCGGAGCGUCCUCCCCGUCUCUGGCGGCUCGGGGGGGGCACGGACACCCUGAGCCCAGCCCCGAUCCCAAAUUCAGCCCCACCCCGGUCCCAGGUUCAGCUCCAGCUCCCCAGCUCUGCCCCAGUUCCUGCCCUAACCCCAACAGCACCAUCAGCCCCGGUCCCCCGGGCGGGACGGGGACACCCCCGGGGAGUGCGGCUGGGAGGGAACGGGGAGCGGCGCCGGUCCCGGAUCACGGCGGGGUGUGGAGGGGGAGCGCCCGCCGGGUUCCCUGACCGCGGGGCCGGCCCGGGGAAAGGACGGACACCGGCCGGAGCAUCCCCGGGCCGAGGAGGGCGGAGAUGCCCCGGCCCCGGGGCGAGGCGAUCGCUCCCGGCGACCGGGCCCGGUGCGCCCAGGCCCCGCCCCUCCCGGAACCCUCUC